GCCUUUAAAAUGCUAACUCGCUUCCGGGUUUUGCCUACAAAAACACGUCAUCCCUGAGGUACUCUAUUACAGUGUUAGGGGUGGGGCCAUGUUCAGUGGCUCCAGUGCGUCAUCGACCCACCGUUUUAGCUCAACCCAAAAAAAUGAACACAGAAUUGGUGAAAAACUGUUUAACGGUCAAACUCCACAAUUCAGUACUACAUAGUUCACAGUCUUUGUAAAGUGUUUUAGCGAUACAUUUGUAACAUUUAUAAUGUGUUUAGAAACAACUCUCAGAAUUGACUUUACACGGACUUUAAGUUUCCAUGCUAGAAAAUUUUAAGCAGUGCACAAGGGAGUUUAUACUAAAUACAUAAAUAUAUGACAGUUUAUAUCUGCUGGUCUGUGUGUUCAUGUUUGUUUGUGGUUUUGAUGGAGGAUCCAGAACUUCACAAGCCACUCCUGAAAGACACCAUAUUAUUUUUUACAGAUAUAUUGCAGUCAACAAAACAUAGAACAAAUAAUUUUGGUUGUCAAUUAUGUGAUCACAUUCCAGCUGAAACCAAAGUUUGAUGCAACUUAGAAAUACAGAGGGAAAAUAAGGAUUUUCUUUGCAUAUUGUCCACUUGAAUGUCCAGUAUUUUAUGCCUGUUCCAGCUGAAACCUUUAAAUUCCAUGUUCUGUUCAAAUAAAUAUCAUAACACUUGUAUUGCUUUAUUCUCUACCAACCAGUCACUGAGGAAAUUUUUGUAAUAACCUCUGUAAUAACUCAAGAAUAAAAAAUUUCUGCCUUUAAAGGAAGGAACCAUUGUUCUGAAGAGUGUUUGUGGUUAUAAGUGCGUGGCUACUUCCUGCACAUCACAAGUGCAAACUAUGAUGAAUAUUUUUCUCACUGAGUAAUAACUGUGAAAAUGUCAGUGAUACGUAAUUUCUUAAUUGUUCAUUAAGUUUCCAUGCUAUAAAAUUUUAAUUUUGUAGGAGGAAAUGUGAUUUAUGUGACUUUAAAUGUUGCAUGGUUGUUGUUGGGCUGAUCUGAGUAUUUAAGAAACUGUUAAUCUUCUGGGAUUUUCACACACAACCACCUCUAGGGUUUACAGAGAAUGGUCAGAAAAUGCAUUGUUGAUGCCAGAGGUCAGAGAAGAAUGGCCAGACUGGUUCCAGCUGAUAGAACAGCAAUUCAAAUAAGCACUUGUUACAACUGAGGUCUGCAGAAGAGCAUCUCUGAACACACAACAUAUCAAACCAAGCAGAUGAGCUACAGCAGCAGAACACACACCGGUGACGCUCAUGUCAGCUAAGAACAGGAAACUGAGGCUACAAUUCACACAGGCUCACAAAAAUUGGACAAUAGAAUGAUUUCUGCUGCAAUAUUCAGACGGUAGGGCCAGAAUUUGCCUUAAACAACAAAAAAGCAUCUUGUAUCAAGGUUCAGGCUGCUGGUGGUGUAAUGGUGUGGGAGAUUUUUUCUUGCCACACUUUGGGCCCCUUACUACCAAGUGAGCAUCAUUUAAAAGCCACAGCCGACCUGAUUAUUGUUCUGACCGUGUCCUUCCUUUGAGGAACCACAGAUCUUCUGAUGGUUACUUUCAGCAGAAUUACGUGCAUUGUCACAAGUCCAGCUCAAAUGUGAAGAAGAAAUGAGAAAAAAACGUUUAUUACCACUGCAUCAUUGCAAACAGGAAGUGGAUAUAGAUAUUAUGUGUUAAGAAUCAGGUCAAGUGUGUUCCAGGACCUCACACUGACUAAGAAGUGCUUAUUAAUUGCUUAAUGUGAGAGAAGAGCACAAGCAUCUCCACGAAACCAGCGCUGAUAGAGCAGACACCUGGCAGUCUCAGAGACACACAGACGAAGGAUAGGACCACUGAGAAGAUGGGAGUUCCUGUGAAAAUUCUGUGUAUCCUGAUGCUGCUACUGCACAAGAGUAGUGAUCCAGAAGUGUUUAAUGAUGGGAAAACACUCAAUCUCCCUGCAAAUUAUGCAGUUGGCUGGAUGGAAACUCUGGAUGAUAAAAACUUAAUUUCUACCAUCACCAUUCCUGGUACCCAUGAGUCCUUGGCCCUUCAUGGAGGACCACUAGCUAAAUGUCAGUCAUGGUCACUAUGGGACCAGUUAAUGGCCGGGAUACGAUACUUCGACUUGAGAGUGUCUGGGAAAAACUUGAAAAUUAAGCAUGGACCGAUUGACCAAAAGACAACUUUCCCUGAUGCUCUCGAAACAAUUCGAAACUUUUUAUCUAAACAUAAAACUGAGACCGUGUUGGUCAGAGUGAAGCCUGUUGACCCUGAGUUAAGCAGAGUUCCCAGUUUAGUUGAAAACGUGAUUGAAGAUGCUAAAGAUAUCUGGGUUGAGCCGUCAGUUCCGAGGAUUGGUGAUGUAAGAGGAAAGAUUGUUUUUGUUCAGAAAAACACCUUUAAGCUAGGCAUUCUUUUGUUUGAAACUGACAAAAAAGGAGACUAUAAAGUAACUAAUGUUAAAGUCAAAGAGGAAAAGAUUAAAAAGCAUCUGGAAGAAGCUGCCAAUCAGUGUAGAACAGGUUCUGCUCUGAGUCUGAGCUACUCGAGUGGCACGAGCUUAAAUACAGUUUGGUGGUUUCGUUUUUGGCCAAAAAAGUUGGCAAAGCAAAUCAAUCCUUGGUUGUAUGAUCAUCUUGAAAAGGAAUUUAAAAAGAAUCCCAAGCCUUGUUUUGGAAUCAUAGCCAUGGACUUUCCAGGUUUUGACUUGAUUCAAAUGGUCAUCAAAUUCAAUGGGCUUACCUAAGAUUUUUCACAUGGUUUCAUCAAGAAAGUAAUGUUCUUGUUGCUUUCAUCAGAUAAUAAUAUGCCUAAUUCUUUGUUGUCUUAUGGGUUUGGAACAACAUUAGCGUGAGUAAAUGAUGACAAAAUUUAGUUUCUGGGUGAACUCAAAAGAAAGAAAGGCAUGGGCAAAACAUACGGCUCAACAACUACCAGAAGUUUUGAUUUUGAUUCAUUUGUGAUUACUUUUUAUUUGCUAAAUGUUUUAUUCUUAUUUUUUCUUCACAAAAAAAAAAAAAAAAAACGCAACAAGCUUAUACAGCUAUAAUGUCCAAAAACGUAUAAACACACAUUUGAUGGAAAAUUACUGAUUGGUGUGUCAUUUUAACACAUUCUCAACUGUCUGAUGUGAUGUAUGAUCAUUAUUUCUGAACUAAAUAAAGCAUUGCAAUCCCUGUCUCAUCAGCUUCUUGAAGGUGACAAAGUCAACAUGAAAUCUUAAUAAAUUACUUUUUAAAUACAUGCUCUUGGUAUUAGCUUCCAUCACUUUGUCUAUUAAAACAAGAACGAAAGCUGCACGAUAUGAAAUAUUUGGUGUUGUUUGCUGCAUAUAUUAAUAAAUCUUACACAAAACAAAACACACAAAUAAUCCACACUAAAAGCAUCGUAAUUUCUAAUAAAUAGAAAACAGGGUAUGCUCCAAAUACAUGAAAACAACUUCUUAACACGUUCAUAGAUAAUCUGCAAUGUAGUAAUUUUUAAAUUAAGUUAUUUUAACCGCUUGGAAACGAUAUCCAGUAUGAACCCACAGUCUCGCUCUACGCAC